UUCCUCUCAAUACCACUUUUGAUGUCGAAUACGAUUAUUCACUGGAUGGCUUACACGCAGAUUAUAACAACGUCGAAAUUUAUUUCAUGUAUACUUUUGAUCUUGGAAUACUUCUACUUGGAAGUUUGUGUACUUU